AACAAACACCAAUGGACAGCGAGAAUUAUUUGUGGUCUUUUACUGAACUUGUUAUUCUUCUGCAUGAUGCGAAAAUGAGUGACGUGCGUGUAUUUGAAGAGUCUAUUGAAAGACGAGCGGAAAUUGACAAGAUUGAAACGGCAGAAAACAAAUCCUGGACGCUAUUUCAUGCCAGCUGUCACAAACUACUUGUUAGGAUAUGUUCGAUACUUUCGCAGUUAAUCACCGACCGACUUCCAAACGGAGAAGUAAGCAAGGACGUCGUCACAAUUACCGCUAUAUUUGAAAAACUAUUGAAUCCAAAAUUCGUACCAUACGAACAAGUGUGGCUGGAGAUUCUCGACCAACAUGACAUUAUUCCGAAAUUUAUAAACUUAUUUGCUUUAUCGUUGUCUCAGUCAGAAAGGGAUAGACCAGUGUUUGCAGAUAGUGCGAUGUAUUUUCUCUUGUUUUUGGCGAAACAUUCUCUUACUGCGAGCCGCAUGUGGAAAUCCAAUUGUUUCGCUGUAUUCCGUCAUAACUAUCGCGAGGAACUUUUAUUCACAAAUAUUCCGUCAUAA